AUGGCUACUUAUUUCAUCAUCCUGGGCUUUCCCAGUCUUCAGAAACUGCAUCUUUUGUUAUUCUUUGUUGUCCUGACCAUCUAUCUCCUGACCCUGGCGGGACAUACUCUCAUCAUCUUACUAGUACGUGUAGACUCACGCCUCCACACUCCCAUGUACUUCUACCUCAGCAAUUUCUCCUUCCUGGAAAUCUGGUACACCUCCAAUAUCAUCCCCAAGAUGCUGAAAAUGCUGAAAGUCUUCCUGGGAAAUGACAAGUCUAUCACAUAUACCGGAUGCAUCACCCAGCUGUACUUCUUCAUGUCCUUGGCAACUGCCGAGUGCUUUAUCUUGGCUAUCAUGGCAUGUGAUCGCUAUUUAGCCAUCUGCCACCCUCUGCAGUACUCAACACUCAUGAACAAUAGGGUUUGCCUUCAAUUGUCUCUGUGCUCUUGGGUAGGUGCCUUUCUGGUCAUUAUUCCACCUCUGAUCUCAUUGUGUAAGCUGUCUUUCUGUGGGCCCAAUGAGAUUAACCACUUCUUCUGUGAUGUGUCACCUUUAUUGAAACUCUCCUGUGUGGACCCACAUGAGGCUGAAACUGUUGACUUUGUUGUGGCCACUGGUGUCCUUGUGAGCUCCAUUGUCCCAGUCGUGGUUUCCUAUGCCCUUAUCAUUGUCACCAUUCUGAAGAUGCCCUCAGCCACAGGGCGCCAGAAAGCCUUCUCUACUUGUGGCUCCCACCUGGUUGUGGUGUCUGUCUUCUUUGGUACCCUGACAUUCAUGUAUGCGCGCCCAGCCUCCCUUGACUCUGUUGACUUUAACAAGGUGUUGUCUAUCUUCAUUGUUCUAUCUGUCUGUUCUUUUAUGAACAGACAGAUAGAGAACUGUUGA